UGCCGGCGCCGCCCGUGCAGCCCGCGGGAGGAGGAAGAGAAAGGGAGAGAGAGAAUCGGGUUACAAGAUGGCGGACCUGUAGCGGCUGAGGGGACGGGACGGAGCGAAGGCCGGGGGCGGACGGGGCCGUCGUCUCCCGCUCCCCGGAGCCAUGGUGGCCGGGGGCCUCCUCGGAGCCGUCGGCGUCGUCGUCGUCCGCCGGGCGUGAGCGAGGAGGCCCCAGCUGAGGCGGGGCGGCGGCGGCAUCAUCAUGUCGGAUACGCGGCGGCGGGUGAAGGUGUACACCCUCAACGAGGACCGACAGUGGGACGACAGGGGCACCGGCCACGUCUCCUCCACCUACGUGGAGAGGCUCAAGGGGAUGUCCCUCCUCGUCAGGGCCGAGGCCGACGGUUCCCUACUGUUGGAGUCAAAGAUAAAUCCAAAUACUGCGUAUCAAAAACAACAGGAUACACUGAUUGUUUGGUCAGAAGCUGAGAAUUAUGAUCUGGCCCUGAGUUUUCAAGAAAAAGCUGGCUGUGAUGAGAUCUGGGAAAAAAUUUGCCAGGUUCAGGGUAAGGACCCCUCAGUGGAAGUCACCCAGGACCUCAUCGAUGAGUCAGAAGAAGAACGCUUCGAAGAAAUGCCUGAAACCAGUCAUUUGAUUGACCUUCCUACAUGUGAACUCAACAAACUUGAAGAGAUUGCUGACCUAGUUACCUCCGUUCUCUCCUCACCCAUCCGAAGAGAAAAGUUGGCACUGGCCUUGGAAAACGAAGGCUACAUUAAAAAACUACUGCAGCUUUUCCAAGUUUGUGAGAACCUAGAGAACACUGAAGGCUUGCAUCAUUUGUAUGAAAUUAUUAGAGGGAUCUUGUUCCUAAAUAAAGCAACUCUAUUUGAGGUGAUGUUUUCUGAUGAGUGUAUCAUGGAUGUCGUGGGAUGCCUCGAGUAUGACCCUGCUUUGGCUCAGCCCAAAAGACACAGGGAAUUUUUGACCAAAACAGCAAAAUUUAAGGAGGUUAUUCCUAUAACAGACUCUGAACUUAGGCAAAAGAUCCACCAGACUUACAGGGUACAAUACAUUCAGGAUAUCAUCUUGCCAACGCCAUCUGUUUUUGAAGAGAAUUUUCUUUCUACCCUAACUUCCUUUAUUUUCUUCAACAAAGUUGAAAUUGUCAGCAUGUUGCAGGAAGAUGAGAAAUUUUUGUCUGAAGUUUUUGCACAGUUAACAGAUGAAGCUACAGAUGACGACAAACGGCGUGAACUGGUUAAUUUUUUCAAGGAGUUCUGUGCAUUUUCUCAGACAUUACAACCUCAGAACAGGGAUGCAUUUUUCAAAACUUUGGCAAAGUUAGGAAUUCUUCCUGCUCUUGAAAUUGUAAUGGGCAUGGAUGAUUUGCAAGUCAGGUCUGCUGCUACAGAUAUAUUUUCUUAUCUAGUAGAGUUCAGUCCAUCUAUGGUUCGGGAAUUUGUAAUGCAAGAAGCCCAGCAGAGUGAUGAUGAUAUCCUUCUUAUCAAUGUAGUUAUUGAACAAAUGAUCUGUGACACCGAUCCUGAGCUAGGAGGAGCCGUCCAGUUAAUGGGACUCUUACGGACGCUGAUUGACCCAGAGAACAUGCUGGCUACAGCUAAUAAAACCGAAAAAAGUGAAUUCCUGAAUUUCUUCUACAACCAUUGCAUGCAUGUUCUCACGGCCCCACUUUUGGCUAACACUUCGGAAGACAAAAGCGAAAAAGAUGCACUAGUUGGAUCCAACAAGAAUAACACAAUUUGCCCUGAUAACUAUCAAACAGCGCAGCUGCUUGCCUUAAUUUUGGAGCUACUAACAUUUUGUGUGGAACAUCACACAUAUCACAUCAAAAAUUAUAUCAUGAACAAGGAUUUGCUAAGACGAGUCUUGGUCCUGAUGAAUUCGAAGCACACUUUUCUGGCCUUGUGUGCCCUUCGCUUCAUGAGGAGGAUAAUUGGUCUAAAGGAUGAGUUUUAUAACCGGUAUAUCACCAAGGGAAAUCUUUUUGAGCCAGUUAUAAAUGCCCUUCUUGAUAAUGGAACUCGGUACAAUCUGCUGAAUUCAGCUGUAAUUGAACUAUUUGAAUUCAUACGAGUGGAAGAUAUCAAGUCCCUUACUGCACAUAUAGUUGAAAACUUUUAUAAGGCACUUGAAUCGAUUGAAUAUGUUCAGACAUUCAAAGGAUUGAAGACUAAAUAUGAACAAGAAAAAGACAGACAAAAUCAGAAACUGAACAGUGUACCGUCUAUAUUGCGUAGCAACAGAUUUCGCAGAGACGCGAGAGCGUUGGAAGAGGAUGAAGAGAUGUGGUUCAACGAAGACGAGGAGGAGGAAGGUGAAGCCGUUGUACCACCGGUGGAAAAAUCCAAGCCAGAGGAUGAUUUCCCAGAUAGUUACGAAAAGUUUAUGGAAACUAAAAAAGCGAAAGAAAGUGAAGACAAAGAGAACCUCCCCAAAAGGACAUCCACGGGAGGCUUUAAAUUCACUUUUUCGCAUUCGGCCAGUGCUGCAAACGGAGCCAAUAGUACAAACAGUAAAUCCGUCACCGCCCAGACCCCACCAGCAAGUCCCAACGGCUCUUCUUCCAAAAACACCAACUUGACGGCAUCGGUUACAGCCACCAAGGGAAGCCUCGUGGGCCUAGUGGAUUAUCCAGACGACGAAGAGGAAGAAGAGGAGGAAGAGACGUCCCCAAGGAAAAGACCGCGUCUUGGCUCAUAGAGACUUCUGCGGGGGGGGAACGCUCGUAACAGGGGGGUCUCACGAAAGAAAAAAAAAAAUGCUGCAACCGUUCGAUGAGCUAAAAAGUCUGAAUCAGAAAGCUUUUCUCCCUUGAACAUAGACGAUAAUAUACGAGGAGUUGCAAAAGA